AUGGAACCCCCCUCCCGGAACGAUCAUGGCGACAGUGGUUCAUUGGAUGAACAAGCGCCUCCGCCGUAUUCACCGUAUGUGGAUGAUGGGCUCGUGGCAGAGUCGGCAGAUGUGCAAGCCGAUGGACGCGUAAAUGUUGACCUCGAUUCCAAGUUUGCCAGAACACUAGCCAAAGUUAUCGAGCUACAGCAAGAGGACCUCCACAACCCCCCUCCAGAUUACCUCUGGGGUCAGCCAGCGCAGGAACAGACGGUCGAGUGCGACAUCCAACUAAAUAUCGUGAUACAAAUCGUGGGCAGUCGGGGAGAUGUACAACCGUUCAUCGCAUUGGGGAAUGAGCUACAAAAGUAUGGGCACCGGGUUCGGCUAGCCACGCACAAUGUAUUUGCUGAUUUCGUCACUCAAUCGGGACUCGAGUUCUAUCCGAUAGGUGGUGAUCCAGCAGAGCUGAUGGCUUUUAUGGUCAAGAACCCGGGCUUAAUACCCCAGAUGGAGGCGUUGCGCGCCGGAGAGGUGCAGAAAAAGAGGGCAAUGGUGGCCGAAAUGCUCCAAGGUUGUUGGAAGUCAUGCAUCGAAGAUGAUCCAGUCACAAGGACUCCGUUUGUUGCGGAUGCGAUAAUUGCAAAUCCACCUAGCUUUGCCCAUAUCCAUUGUGCUCAGGCGCUGAGUAUCCCAGUUCACCUUAUGUUUACAAUGCCUUGGACUAGUACCAAGGCUUUUCCUCACCCGCUCGCCAACCUGAGCUCCUCGGACAUGAAUCAGAAGACAGCCAACCGGGUGUCGUAUGGUGUUGUGGAAUGGCUUACAUGGCAGGGACUAGGGGAUGUGAUCAACCGGUGGCGAGCAUCCAUUGACUUGGAGCCGGUCUCAGCAACGGAAGGACCCAUGUUGGCUGAAACAUUGAAGGUACCGUUCACUUACUGCUGGUCUCCAGCCUUGGUCCCGAGACCACAGGACUGGCCAACAAAUAUUGAUAUCUGUGGGUUCUUCUUCCGGGAGCCUCCUGCUUAUAAACCGCCGCCUGAAUUGCUGGACUUCCUGGAUUCUGGACCGGCCCCCAUAUACAUAGGCUUCGGUAGUAUCGUCAUUGAGGACCCUCAGAAGGUAACCGAGAUUAUCCUAGAAGCAGUUUCACGAACUGGUGUCCGUGCAAUUAUCUCACGGGGUUGGAGCAAACUAGGUGGUACACCAGGCCAUAAUAUCUAUUACAUUGAUGAUUGUCCACAUGAGUGGCUUUUCCAACACGUGGCCGCCGUCGUCCACCAUGGUGGUGCCGGGACAACAGCAUGUGGUCUUGCCAAUGGUCGGCCAACUACUAUUGUACCCUUCUUUGGGGACCAACCAUUCUGGGGUAACAUGUUGGCGAGAGCUGGAGCUGGGCCUAAGCCCAUUCCUUAUGCAUCGCUAAAUGCACAAGUUCUGGCCGACGCUAUCUUGUUCUGCUUGCGGCCUGCAGUGGCAAGGUCCGCACAGGAUAUUGCGCUCAAGAUGCAAGAUGAAUCAGGAGUGACCGCAGCUGUUCGAUCCUUCCAUCGCCAUCUGCCUCUGAGUAAGAUGCAUUGCUCUCUGAUGCCUAAUCAACCUGCCAUGUGGACAUACACGCGGUCCAGAGGGAAUUUGAACCUUCCCAAAAUAGCCGUCCAGACAUUGAUAGAAAACGGCAAGAUCGAUGCCAAGCAUCUUCGCUGUAAUGACAUCAACCCAAUUUACAUUGAAAACCGUCGGUGGGACCCCUUGAGCGGUAUCUUAUCUGCUUCUACAAGCACAGGAUCUGAGAUGCUCAAGUCAACUGCAGAAAUGCUUUACAACCCUUACAAAGAAUACAAACAUGGUCGUUCUCAGAAGCCUCCAGAAGCACAUACUGAGCAGGAUCUGUCACCUCUUUAUCCAGCAUCAUCCUCAUCAUCGCAUUCGAACAAGCUUCCUCCCGAUGCAAGGAGACAAUCCCCGGAUCUGGGCACAACAGUGACUCGGGUUAACAGUGAUUCCAGCAGAAGCUCCUUACUCACAGCGGGAAAUAUGGUUGGGGCUUCUCUUAAGGGAUUCGGCAAGUUCACGGGAGCAUAUUUCAAAGGCGUUGUGGUAGACCUACCCCAUGCUGCUGCGGAGGGUUUCCGGCAAGUUCCACGACUCUAUGGGGAGGAACCUAAGGACUAUGGUACGGUUCGCGAUUGGAAAACCGGUGCUACCAUGGGCGGCAAGAAUUUCGUCGAUGGCAUGACGGAUGGCUUCAAGGGAUUUUUCACCGAGCCGGUCAAGGGUGCAAGGCAAGAUGGGGCGCUGGGGGCUGUUAAAGGAUUUGCAAAAGGCACCAUUGGGCUGGCAACCAAAGUUCCUUCGGCCGGAAUAGGUCUUGUGGCUUAUCCUUUCCACGGCAUUGCGAAGACGAUUGAGACCGCCGUCAGAUCAAAGACUAGAAAGGCAAUUGUCAACGCACGGCUUAGGGAGGGGUAUGAAGUGACCAGGCAAUGGGACCUUUCAGAAGACGAGCAGCAGGAUCUUAUCCGAAGGUUCCAACUUCUCAUGCCUCGCUUAGAUUCGUGAUCGUGAUAUAUCCGUCGGCAAAUCGAUGUCACGGGAGCAUUCCAGUGUUAUCCACUGUACCUUCGGUUAACACUAAACCUGCAUGCAUGGCGUCCGCAUUCCUUGUUGUCCCCAGGGGAUUUGAUGAGUGCAGGUUCCCCUCAGUCGGGCUAUUUGGGUGGCAUCUCCUCCGUGCUGCAUUUGCGAGUGACCGCCUGUCAGGCCCGUAUACAAUGCAGAUUAUUGGGCCCCACCCAGAUGCAUGGCUUCAACUAAUGGAUCCUAUUGGCAUAUAGUCCGACUAGCUUCAUGAUGCGAUUGCAUAGCGAGUCUGCCUGUCAUGGAGGAAUGCUGCAUACCACGUGUCCUCCCCUGUUUCUUUAUUUUUCCUCUUGUUGUUUUUUGUUUUCUUCACGAUCCUCUUAAAUCCCAUCUUGCU